GGAUUGGAGUUGUUCUAGGUGGGAGGGUGGGGUUGAGGUCCGCUGCUGAUGCUGGGCAGAUUGCGUUUAUCUCCGCAUCUCUGCUCCGUUCCCUUAAUGCUGCCACUGGAUGGCUGCGCGUCGCAGUUCGACGUGAGAUCAUUUAUCGAGGGCUUUAUCUGAAAAAAAUAAAAAUAAAUAAAUAAAAGAUACGAAACAAACAUGACAGACAUUACGACUUCAGAUUCAUGCCCUGUUCCCAACCCGACCAUCGUGGACCCGUCGGCUUUGCGAAACGGUCAAUGCGCCGCUGCCCAGGAUCCGAGCCUACCCAAGAGAGGGAGCCAGGGCGAUCCCUUCAAUAUGGACCGGGACCAGGAGAUGAAAAUCACAGAUAGCGUUGAGGGCCAAGGUCUCUUGGAGAGUAGCAUGCACCUGAAGCCUCAUGAAGCUCAGAGUUACAGGAAGAAAGCUCUGUGGGUAUCCUGGAUCUCCAUAGUAGUAACACUGAUCCUGGCAGUGGCAGCCUUCACUGUAUCCUUCAUGAGACACAGUGCAUCAGCAUUUGGAUUUGCUUUUGAUGCAACGUUAGAUGUUCUUUCCUCCAUUAUUGUGCUAUGGCGCUAUAGCAACGCUGCAGCAGUUCACUCUGCCCAUAGAGAAUACAUAGCCUGUGUGAUCCUGGGAGUAAUUUUUAUCUUGUCCUCUAUGUGUAUUUUGGGAAAGGCCAUCCAUGACCUGGCCACCAAACUUCUUCCUGAAGUGGAUGAUUUCCUAUUUAGUGUUUCCAUUGUCAGCGGCUUCAUGUGUGUCAUUCUUGCUGUUGCCAAGUUCAUGCUGGGCAGGGUUUUGACCAGCAGAGCCCUAAUCACUGAUGGCUUUAACUCUAUGGUUGGGGGCAUCAUGGGCUUUUCCAUCCUCAUUAGUGCUGAGGUGUUUAAACAUAAUUCAGCUGUUUGGUACCUGGACGGAACUAUUGGGGUCUUGAUUGGACUUAUCAUUCUAGCUUAUGGGAUCAAGCUGUUGAUUGACAUGGUACCACGAGUAAGACAAACUCGACCCUAUGAGCGUUUUGAGUAAUGCUAGUUCAGAGAUUAAAGGCAGUGAUCCUUUAUUUUUUUCAUCUAUCCAUGCUGUGACACCCAUACCUCUCUCUUCUUGCCCCGACCCUCUCUCAACACACAUCAUACCCAAACACAUCUUGGAAUAAAGUCUGCUGGCAGCCAGUUCAGCAUCAUGAACUUGUAGACUCACCAUCACUACACCCACCAGCUCUUGCUGUCCUCCAAGUCUUUAACUCAGCACAGCAUCUUAUUGGAGGUGAAGGAUGGAGGAAUGAAGAAGAAUACUGAGCUGGAAGGAGGAUCAGUAUCCAGGUACUUGGUUUUAAAAAAAAUCAGGAGAUCAACAAGCACAGUCCUCCUGGAUGGAGGCACAGGUUUGUAUGAGAGAUCAUCAUUUGUCACAACCAUGAAAUUAUUUUCUGUCACAUUUUCACUAUUUAGUUUUUACCUUAAAGAUUUAAAACAUUAAUUUAUAUAUAUAUAUAUAUAUAUAUAUAUAUAUAUAUAUAUAUAUAUAUAUAUAUAUAUAUAUAUAUAUAUAUAAAAUAAUGUUUUUGGUCUGGAGUAGUGAUAAAUCCUGUCAAUGUGUAUUUGAAACCAUAUCCCUCUCUAUUGCACUUUGGGUCACUUUUGGAGGUCAAGCUGGCAUUUCUCUGUUAACACCUGACAUCAUAACUUACACCAUAUCUUACUAUCUGUCAACCCCUAAAAUUAUUUCAUUAGAAAUACAUUGUAUGUAAGGUAUGUGUAUAUUUUACUGUACGAUAUUGCAUAUAACCUCUUGGCAUUUCCAGUGUAGGUAAUACUUACUUCAGUGAAGAAAGCACAUAGAAAUUCCCAAACAUGUACUGGCCAGACAGGUUGACACACUUAUUAAACAAUUCUCAAAACAAUAAUUCAGGAGCAGCAAGAUGGCCUGUAAACUGCUUUAAUAUUUACAGGAAGGGUCCAUGGGUAUCUCCACAGACACUGAGCCCUUAUGUGUUAAUAGUGGACAGGACUAACCAGCACAAACCAACUUAAAAUAAUGCAUGCACAAUUUUUUUGAAACAGUAUUACACACAUGACUGCUUUUGGACUUCUUGCCCAUUGAAUCAUUUAUACCAUAUAAUUUAUAAAACCAAUGAAAUGAUUACAGAAUUUGAGAAAUAUUAUUGAAUUUGAGAUCUGUCAACUCUUUUCAUUUACUUGUUCUUUUCCAUUUGUACUGUUUACUGUUUGAGUCAAGGCAAAAUACAUUCAGUAGCUAUUGUAUAUAGCAGCACAGUUUGUCUUAUUAUUCACGUCAGCAGAUUUUCUAUUUGUCCUAACUUCUGUCAAGAUAGAAUGAUAUUAGAAUAGCCUGAAGUAUCAUCUGGUGUAGAAAUGAUUUAUCUGGGCUCAAGCAGACAUUUAUUAUGUAUUAUGGUGGAUUUCAGGAGGGAAGUUUAUUUCACUAUGGAGAACAGAAAUUGGAAAAACAAAACACAUUUUUGUAGAUUACAUGAUUUAACUGUUUAACAGGCAAUGCUUAAAAAUACUAAUGUAAAAUAUAAGUAAUUUUUACCUUUUAUUUGUUUCUCGGCAGAGAUUAAAGUAAAAGCCAAAUGUUUACACAAGCAUUUGUGAACUUGUGUGAAAUUGUGUGUAUUCAAAAAUAAAAUUAUUUUAUCCAUAUGUAAGAACACAUCUGCAAAUGUAAAGCACAUUGGUUUGAAUUAACAAAUUGUUAUUAAAUAAAUUAACUGAUCAUUUUAAAAUCUGAAUUUUAAAUCCAAUAUGUUGUUAUAACAUACAAUCACUGACCAAUCUGUUCCGACAAGCACAGCACGUUAUCUUUCUGCAACAGCUAAACAAAUUAUUUGACAAGCUUAUGUGUUUGUUAAAAGCAAAGGGGCAUUUGUGAGAAAUGUUUCUGUAUUGUAUCACAAGCACAGUAUCAGACAUAGGGUUCCAUAUUUUGCAUCUUUAAUACUGAAAAGAAUCAUAGUGGAAAUGCAGCACUUGUCACACCUAAUCAUCAGCAAUCAUAUUUUCUCAUGCUUUAGAAUAGUAAUUUGUAAGUUAUAUUAACAUUUUUUUGUUUUCUGUCUCCUAUACAUUUGGGACAUAGAUGUAACUGAAUGUAAAUAGCUAUGAUCAGAUUUUAUCAGACAAUCAUGAUGCAACCAAUAACUGCAGCAGAUACUCCCAAAGCAUUUUGUGUACUGCUGAAUGUGAUCUCAUCUGAAGAGGGACAUUUUAAAGCAGAAUAUUACAUAUUUGUUGUCUUUUUAAUAUUCUGGCAAAGUUGUUAGUUUAAAUGUAUUUAUUUUUGUUUUUGUUAGUCAAGUGAUGUCAUAUGCAUAUUUGUGCUGUAAUGCAAUUGCAGACUGUUCAUUCCAUAUAUGUUUUAAUAACUUGAAUAUUUUAAAACUCAUUGUUCUUCAGUGUUCCAUAAAUCUAUAACAACUCUAUUGACUAGACUGUAUAUGUAGACUGCCACUGGUGACUGUUAUGUUACUGUGCUGAAUGAAUGCUGUAUUAUGUUUGCAUAAUAUUUGGUAUUGAGUACUUACAAUAUUCAGAUGUCAGGUUACAACUGGCAGGUUGGGCAUUUUUUUAUUGGUAAUUGUGCAUUAUUUUUAUUCUCAUUUUCAACAAUCAUAUUGUGCUACUGUAGUUUGUAAAUCUCUAAGCAUGUGAUAGGCCAUGAUGUACCACCAUCUGACAUGUAGGAGAAUGGUGAUUUGUAGUCAUAGACUGUAGUGGCUAUAGUUGCUUGUGCAUUACGAUAAAGAUCAUAAAGGUCACACAAUGGAUUAAAUUACAUUAGUUGCUUUUGUUUAGGUUGUGAUGGUUGAACAAAUCAUAAAUCAGUCUAUAUCCCAAAGAAAAACUGUUAACAUUCUAAAAAAUGUAGACCUCGUUUUAGUUGGCCUAACAACUGAGUACACCUCUCUGUUCUAAUGCUAUAGUGUAGUCUUAGCAUUUAAGCAAUACACAUUGUUCAGUUAACAUUGCUACGCUUUGCAUGGAAAAGAAACUCACAAUGCUGCACAAACACACUGACACAGAAGCACACGCAUGCACAAGCAAAUGCAGACAGCAUGUUUCUAAUGUAAAAUCUAAAAGUCUGGCACAUAGAUGAGAGGUUCUAAAUGUAUAUAUAUAUUCAAAUGUAAUACUGAAUAUAUAUAUAUAUACAUACAGGGUUGGGAGGGUUACUUCUGAAAUGUAUUCCACUACAGAUUACAGAAUACAUGCUGUAAAAUGUAAAUUGAACGUAUUUCAUUACAUUACACAAGGUCAGUAACGUAUUCUAAAUAUUUUGAAUUACUUCUUCAGCACUGGUAGAUUUUUUCACUUGUUUUGACUAUUAAAAACUCUGCCAGUACAGUAAGACAAAAUACACAUGUUAAAAAAAACAUUCUCUGAAAAACCUAAAUAUCUUAUGUAGUGUUGCUUCUAAAACAAGAUAAAUCAAAUUGAUCUUGUUUUAAGGAUUUUUAGAUAUUUUUACAGGAAAACAAUACAAAAAUUAUUAUCAAGAAUAUGAUUUUUGCCCUAAUAUCAAAGGUCUUACUAGAAAAAAAGAAAUGAUGAUCCAACAUGAGUUUUCUUGAUAAAAAACAAUUUACUCAAGGUUUAUUUCUGUUUCUUCUGCUCCAAACUUACUUCAAACUUACUUCUCUGUCUGCUCGUAUGAAUGUAACACAUCAUAAGAAAGUGUUUCACCACUGUUCAAAUGCACUUUGGAUCACAUCAUUUAUAUGUAUAAAUGUUUUCCAUCUGAAAGGACUAAAUAUUAAACAAAUGACAAUAAAAUGCAAAGUAAUCUCUUCAGUAAUAAAAAUACUUUUUGAAUGUAACUGUAUUCUAAAUAUCAAUGAUUUAAAUUGUAACUGUAGUGAAAUACAGUUACUUAUAUUUUGUAUUUUAAAUACGUAAUCCUGUUACAUGUAUUCCGUUACUCCCCAACCCUGUAUAUAUAUAUA